CCCGAAUCCCCGAAUGCUCGUGAACUCUACAAUUUUGCGGCUUUUACCUGUAAUUCCCUGACUAAUUUAAGAUUUAAAUGUUCUCUAAAAUACUUUAAUUAUUGUCUGCCUUUCAAAACUCGGGACGUCUAUGCGAGUAAACUUCUAAAUCAUUCACAAUGAGUUCCUGGGAAUCAGAAGACAAGCUCGUCUCGAAAGAAAUCCUAGAAAAGGAAUCCUUCACAAAAAAGCCAACAGAGCGAGCAGUUUGUCGAAUUAAAAUCGCCAAUGUCAGUCUGACUCGCAUCACAAUCGCGGAUUUAAAAAAGGAACUUCACAGCGACAUCCUCGAUGGAUCGCCCGAAAAAAUUCUCACCCUCGGGAAUGCCUGCACAAAACUCGAUCGAGAAAUCGAGCGAGCAAUUAAAACCAUGUUUAUCAAGGAAAAAAGUUUAAUAACAAUCCGACUUCCUUCCGUAGCAGAAAUUGGAAAUGAAGACGUUCUCGUCAAAUUCGAGAUGACCCUUGACAGUUUUGAAACCUUCAAACCCGUCUGGAAUUGGAAUCCUAAUGAAAAAUACGAAAUUGCCCUCGAGUACAAGGAAACUGGGGUUUCUCUGUUCAAAUCUGCUCGUUACAAGCACGCCUUUUUCAUGUUUUCGAAAGCCUGCAAAAUUCUCAUCACCCUUGAGCCGCUAAGUGCCCUCGAAUUGGCGGAAAAUUUAUUGAAGAAUAUUGGAGAUUUGAGAAUCGUUCUUUACAAUAACAUGGCAGAGUGUCACUUAAAUCGAAAGAAUUACGAACACGCGAUUUCUCUUUGUUGCAAAGUUCUCGAGAGAGACGAAAAUAAUGUCAAGGCUCUUUAUCGACGAGGAGUUGCCUAUGGAAAUCUGAAAAAUUUCGAAAAAGCGUUGGAGGAUUUUAAAAAGGUGCUGAUUAUCGAGCCUAAAAAUUCGCUAGCUAAGGAGAAAUUUAUUUUGUAUAAUGAACAAUAUCAGCUUGAGAAUAAGAGGUAUGAGAAAAUUGUCAAGCGGAUGUUUGGGACUGAGAAGUAGCUUUUUAAAAAAAAUCUUGAGCGGUUUUUCCGAAUCGGAAAGGGUCGAAUUAAUUUUUGUUAAGAGGUCGUUACAAAACGUUGAGCAUUUAAAGAAUUUAAAAAAAUUGCAUAUCAGACAUUCUGAGUCUGAGGAUUUUUUCAGUAAAGUUUGCAAUUUAUGUUGGACUUUGUUUUCUGAUUUUUACGGUCUCUGAUUUUCAAUUCGUUUUUAUUUUUUUAAAGCAAGUUUGAAUAAGGUAUUUUUUGACUUUUUAUUAUUUUUCAAACAGUCGGGGUUUUAUUAGGCCUGAAUUUGAACAAUUAGAAACAAUUAUUUAGUUUAAAAAAAAAUUAAGACUGCUCUCAGUUAAUAUAGAUUAAAUUCCUUUUGUAAAAAAAAUUAUCCUAAUUUCGAAGUAAAAUAUUGUUUCUUUUAUUUUCAAUAAGUUUAUUGUCUGGUAAUUUCUUGCCUUGAUUUAAAUAGUUGUAAGAAUGAAAAUGAGAUUAUUUAUUGUGUCUUUCCUGCUGAUUAAUGUCGUUUUAGAUAAUAUGAUGAUAUAAAAAAUAAUUACAUUGAUAUUUAUAGAUUAA